AUGCUGAGCGUGCUGCGAGUGCAUCUGCCGUCGGACAUCCCGAUCGCGGGGUGUGAGCUGUGCCCGUACGUGCUGCUGCGCAAGCCCGAUGGCACCAUCACCACGGAGGACAUACCCGACACCAACCCCAUCGAUGGCUACUACAUCCGCUGCCGCUGGUACCGAGUCCAAAGCGAUAAACGCGUCGCAGUGUGCUCGGUGCACGGCAACGAGCCGGCGACGCUGCAGUGCCUGGGGUGCGUGAAGGCCAAGCUGCCCAUCGCUCGCAGCUACCACUGCUCGCCGCUCUGCUUCCAGGCCGCCUGGCCGCGCCACCGCGCGCUGCACUCGCGCGGACUCGGCGGAAGCACCCACGGCAGCAGCGACGGGACGCUCCCGGGAGAGAUGAACCCCGGUGGGGCUGCUGGGGGGGGCGCGGGGGGGGUUGGCGGGGCGCAGAGGCGGGAGAACGGCGCGACGGCGGAGGAGGAGGAUCUGUUUGGGAAGUUUAAUAGUGGGAAUGGGACCACAGGGCUGGCGGGGGCGGGGGCGGGGGCGGGGGCGCAGGGGGGCAUGGGGAACGGCGCGCCUGGAGGGGGGUACGGGCAGGGGGAGCAGCAGCAGGGGGGGCAGCAGCAGGGGAUGCAGGGUAUGCAACGGCCGAUGGGGGGGGGAUUCGCGCACAGGCCGCCAGGGGGGCUCGCAUACCAGUCUGACACCACCGGAGGGGGCUCCAACACUAGUGGCAGCGGCAGCGGGGAGGUGUGGUUCGAAGUGGGGCGCGGGAAGCCCUACACACCCACCACGGACGACGUAGGCCAUGUUCUCAAGCUCGAAUGUGUCCCUAUCGAAGCCGCCACCGGCCUCCCCGUCGCGCCCCCGUCCACCCUCCUCACCUCCCGAGUCAUCCCCGCGCCAUCCCCUACCCCCCGGCGGAUGGUUUCUGUGGGGGCCGGGGAGGGGGAGAUGGGGGGCGCGCGUGGAGGGGGAGGGGGAGGGUUCACGGUGCUGUCAUACAAUGUGCUGGCGGACCUGUACGCAACGAGUGAGAUGUACAGCUACUGCCCUCCCUGGGCGCUGUCGUGGGCCUAUCGCAAACAAAAUCUGCUCAGGGAGCUGAUGGGGUACCGGGCGGAUAUCAUGUGCUUGCAGGAGGUGCAGAGCGAUCACUUUGAGGAGUUCUUUGGACCCGAGCUGGAGAAGCAGGGGUACGCGUCCGUGUUCAAGAAGAAGACUGCUGAGGUAUACACGGGCACGGCCUAUGCCAUAGACGGCUGUGCCACCUUCUUCCGCCGGGACCGCUUCUCCCUCGUCAAGAAGUAUGAGGUGGAGUUCAACAAGGCAGCGCUAUCACUCUCUGAGGCCCUCGCGCCUCCCACAAAGAAGGCUGCUCUGAACCGCCUGCUCAAGGACAAUGUGGCGCUGAUAGUGGUGCUAGAAGCACGGGACGCAGGGGGGGGAGAUGGCAAGGACGGGGCUAAUGCGCCUCCCGCCAAGAGGCAGCUGCUCUGUGUGGCGAACACGCACAUCCACGCCAACCCUGAGCUCAAGGACGUGAAGCUGUGGCAGGUGCACACGCUGCUCAAGGGCCUGGAGAAGAUUGCAGCCAGUGCGGAUAUCCCCAUGCUGGUGGCAGGGGACUUCAACAGCGUGCCGGGCAGCGCGCCCCACUCACUGCUCGCUACAGGACGAGUCGAUGCCAACCACCCAGAGCUCGCCACGGACCCUCUCGGCAUCCUGCGACCCGCCUCCAAGCUCUGCCACCAGCUGCCCCUGGUCAGCGCAUAUGCUUCUCUCAGCCGCGGCGGCUCGGUGGCGGAGCGGCAGCGGCGGCGUAUGGACGCGAGCAGCAGCGAGCCGCUGUUCACAAACGUGACUCGCGACUUCAUGGGCACCCUGGACUACACCUUCUAUACUGCCGACUCCCUGUCAGUGGAGUCAGUGCUGGAGCUACUGGACGAGGACAGUGUGCGCAAGGACACCGCACUGCUCUCCGACUCCUUGUCAGUAGAAUCGGUGCUGGAGCUGCUAGAUGUGGACAGUGUGCGCAAGGAUACCAUGCUGCCGUCCCCUGCGUGUGUGAAUGCCUUCAGUCAUUCUCCUCCCAUCUCCUCUCCACUUUCCUCUCAUUCCUCCCCUCCCUACUCCAGCCGACUCUCUUUCCGUCGAAUCGGUUCUGGAGCUACUGGACGAGGACAGUCUUCAAAGCUCACCACACCAGAUCUCCUCUUUCCGCGCACCUUCUGUUUCACCGCCCAUCUUCCUGCCUCCCCCUUCACGGACGAGGGGUCCUCUGUGAAAGUCCCCGUGCCCAUCCUCUUUAGAGCCUUACCCCUCGUUCCCCAUGUCGCCUCCUUUCCCUCUCUCCCCCCUCCAUCCCCCCCAUUCACGGACGAGGGACCGUCCGUGGAGGUCCGCGUGCCAAUCCCUGCUGCUCUCCGGCCAAUCCAGGCACGCCACGUGGCAGUGAGCGUGCAGGACGACGCGCUGUCAGUGGCCGUGACGCCGCCAGCUGGCUUCGGGAGCAAGGAGGGAGUGGUGAAGGGCAAGGAGGGGCGGGAGCGAUCGCUGCUGGCGGCGAGUCCGCUGUAUGGGCGGGUGAAGGCGAGCGAGAGUGCUUGGUACAUUGACGACACAGAGAUUGUCAUCACACUCUUCAAACACCCACAACCCUCCUCCUCCUCCACCGCUCCCUCUGCACCUUCCGAGCCUGUCUUCCAGGCCUGGCCGACCCUGAUCAAGGGCUGGGAGGCACUGGCAGGGGCGGUGGCCAAUCAGCUCAAGAGCUGCUCUGUGCUGCUGGUGGGCGGUUGCACUCGACUGAAUGCGGCCGUUGCUGCAGAGAUGGCUACUGGGCUUGGCUAUGCACCAAUCAUGACGCAGCAACUGGUGGAGCAACUAGCGAGUGCCACCAUUGAAGAAG